AAUUACCCUCUUACUAACAACAUCUUUACUUCAAAACACUUUUCAACUUUUCAGCCCUUCGUGCCGUUGCAGCAGCUUCCACACAUGCCCUGAUGUAAUCAUAAUUGGCUGUACACAAACACGAGAUCGACAAUGAUUUAAACACAACAUUGUGAUGGGGUUAAAGAAGCACAACCCAGCAGUCUCUUUCUGAUGAUCAAUGGAGUGUGCUGGAAAGGGGAGCCGAACGCCAUGCUCAGGCCAUGCCACUACACACUGUGGGCGCUGCCGAGCCGUUGCAUACUGUUCAAUCUCUCACCAGGUUUCACAUUGGAGUGUUCAUAAGAAAGAGUGCAAAAGGCUAGAACAACAAAUGAAUGGCGCCAAUGUUCUUAAUGAUUUCCCUUUCACCUUUACUGUAGAAGCUACAACUAAGGUGUGUGAUCACAGUCUAUCGAGAUGUUCAUUCUUAGUAACUCAGGGUGUUCAUCACGUGGGAAUGUGGACAUGGGAGUGUGCGUGUGGGCUGUCAGUUGAUUCGUUAGAUGUAAUAAGGCAUAAUGGAUGGAAUCUUUCAAGCAUGCUAUGCCCUUGUAGAGGGCCAUCCUCACCAAUGAUAAAGCGUAUUAGUAAUUGGAAGGAAUACUACGAAUGGAGGUGCAUCCCACUAAAUUCUCCUGUCGCAUUACUUCUUCACUGGCCACUAACAGUGUAUUGGGCCAUUGAACUUGCAAAGGUGAGAAGCCUGGUUUCUGAAAUUGUUAGCGAGAUUCACAUACAUUAUUUAGGUCCAGAAAAAGAACUUUGUCAGCUUGCUGUCUUUGGUGAACUGCGUGCGCUUUUCCCUGGAAUGAGGAUGCAUAUAUAUUUUGUUGGAAAUUCAGUUCCACAAGACAGGGAUGGAGAGAAAAUUGAUCUUUACAGUUACUGUCAAUGCGCUGAGACGGACUGUGAAUGCAAAUAUUUAAAUACCAGUUGUGACUCCUACACACUCACCAAUAAUUCUUAUCCAGUCACAUUACAUCUGUAUUCCGGUUACUAUCACGAUCGUUACAGAGAUCUAUCAAAGGAUUCUUUUCCAAACUUAAUUAUUGCCCCAAAUGCCGGCAUUGCUGCUUACAGGAGUUGGUUACCUACGAUUGAGCUGAUAAAAGAGAUGAGAGUUCCUGCAAUUUUCUCUGAUUAUUGUGAAGAAGCUUGUCUCCUAGCGACAAGUUGUAUAAACUCAAUAAGUGGCUCCCGUCCAAGUAUUCCUAUUCAGUUAAAUCCCUUCAGACAACCUCUUGCGGUUGAAGACAGUGCUCUGUUCCUCCCUUGCUACUCCAAUUGUUUUCUUUUUGGCAUUUGAAUGAAUUGAAUGAACACUUCUUGUGCUCUACAACAUCCAAGUUUUAGUUUCAAAAAAGCUUGGGGUCGACUAUCUUGAAUCGACAUAUAAAAUCUAAUAGAUGUUUGAAAUUCUAUAAAUGUGACUCUUUUUUAUUGCUUUGAAAU